AGAAAAAUGCAAGUUCUAUCAGGGAAAUCGAUUUCUUUCACAAUGUUUAUAUGUCUUAUAAUCGUACUUAUUCCACCAUUUGUAACCUCAACUGAUGAAGAACAAAAGAAAUCCAUCGGCAGCGAUACAAUCAAUAAUCACAACAUUCAAAAGGUGAGUCAUAAACUGAUGUUUGAGAUUACACUGCAUGGAUUCCUCCUUUGGGCAUCAAUGGGGUUUCUAAUGCCUAUUGGGAUACUUGCUAUCCGAAUGUCAAAUAGAGAAGAAUGUGGAAGAAGACUUCAAAUUUUUUUCUAUGUCCAUGCAGUUUCACAGAUGCUUUCUGUACUUCUUGCAACAGCAGGGGCAGUAAUGUCGAUCAAAAACUUCAAUAAUGCCUUCAACAAUCAUCAUCAAAGACUAGGGGUAGCUUUAUAUGGUAUCAUAUGGCUACAAGCCUUGACUGGAGUUUUACGUCCAUGGAGGGGAUGCAAGGGAAGAAGUGCCUGGUUUUUUGCACACUGGCUCCUGGGAACUGCAGUGUGUAUUUUGGGUGUAAUCAGCAUCUACACUGGAUUGGGCGCAUAUUAUGAAAAGACAUCAAGAAGAACUGAACUUUGGGCCAUAGCUUUUACAGCUGAGAUCUCUGUGAUUGUUUUCAUUUACUUGUUUCAAGACAAAUGGGUGCAUAUAGAAAAGCAAGGAGUGAUUUUGGGCCAUGAACCAGUAAGACAUACUGAAGAACACAUUUCAUCUACCGAUGAGAUGAAACAAAACGAAUCAGCAAGUGAGAAUUGUUGAAAAGAAAAUUGUUACAAAGUGACUUCGAUUACUAACAAUUGAUAUUAUUCUUUUCAUCCUUCUCUAUUUUCCUUUUUCUCGGGUUUGAUUUUGUUGUA